GCCAUCACAACCGAUCAAAAUUACGCCAAUAUGAUCGAUAUUUGUGCCAAUAAUUUCGAUUUUUUGAAACACGGUGCGCUACGACGGGAACUACUAAAGCGGUUUCCGCCAAUUCUGGACAAGUACCACCUAUACGUCCUGUACCUACAAAACAAAUACGUCCCUCGAAUGGAGGAAAUCCAAAAGUACCUCGAGGCAGGCGUCGAGUGUUACGAAUGCGACACCUGCGAUCGGCUGGCAAGCAACGUGCAACUCAGGGAGAAGAAAAUUAACUAUCAGAACGUGUCGGAGACGGAGUCUACUUCUGAACGUGAUAAGACCCAAAUCCGACUACGCACACAUCUGGCAACACCUGAUUUUUGUAUGAAAUUUCUCCUAAUCCUGGCUGCCCUCGUCGCUGUCGCCUUGUCGGCAGCUGUAGCCGUGCAGCCGGAGGAGCGCAACAAGAUCGAAUGCAAGGCUUGCGAGGAUCUGGUUGAGCUAGCCGAAAAGGAGGGCGGCAACGAGAUCGAGAAGUUCUUGCACAGCAAGGUGGCCGAAGUGUGCGACUUUGCCGCUUUCCUCAAGCAUGAGUGCGAGAAGGUGCUCGACAGCAAAUGCAACGAGCUGGUCGACUGGGUCCGCCGCAAGGAGCCGCCGGCCAAGGCCUGCAAGGGCGUCCACUGCUGC